UUCACUGAGUUUUGAGUUAGAUCGGAACCUGAACACAUCGAAUAUUUGAUCAGGCGCUACGAAAAUGUGGGAACUUCAGGCUUUGGUCGUGCACAUUUUGCUGCUUGGCUGCAUCAUUCACAUAUAUUUUCAAUCAACUAUUGUGGCGCAUCUGGAGCCGCAGAAGACACUGCCAGAGUUGGGUCUGCAGCCGCCGGCCGAUCGACUGGUGGUAUUCAUUGCCCAUGGCCUGCGGGCAGAGUCGUUCUUCUCGGGUAACUGCAGCGGGGUGCCACACAUCCAGCAGCUGUUCGAGAAGCAGGGCAUAGUCGGUAUAUCGAGUGGCCUCGCACCGACAAUGACCCGACCCGGACUCAUUGCUAUGUUCGCUGGCUUCACCGAGGAUCCACAGACGGCCAUCACCAAUUUCAUGUGGAAUCCCACGCCCUUCGACUCGGUAUUCAAUCGCAGCCGCAUCGCCAUCGGUUGGGUGCCCAAAACGGUGGCCGAUUACUUCACCCGUUCCCGGGGUGAGCCGCCGCGAUUCGAAACGGAUUUCGCUGGAGGAUUUAAGACCGAUGCCUGGGUGUACGAGAAGGCACGCAACUUUCUGACCAGCGACGAAAAUAUCAGACAGCUGCACAAUGCCACGCAGGCGGUGUUUUUGGUGUAUUUGUCGGAGCUGGACAAGGUCGGGCACGGGUUCACGCCGCUGCGACCAGAGUUCCGGGAAACUCUGCAUGCCACACAGCAGAAAAUUCGAAAGGCUUACGAGCUCUUUGAGAGCGCAUUCAACGACAGUCGCACUGCCUAUCUGAUGACAUCCGAUCAUGGCAUGGCCGAUAUGGGCUUCCAUGGCGGUGGAACUGAUCUGGAAAAAGAAAUGCCAUUCUUCCUGUGGGGUGCCGGGGUGAAGCGCCAAGGACCCCACACCGGGCAAAGCUUCACGGCCAACGCGCAUGGACUGCAGCUGCCGUUGCAGGAACUCAACCAGAUUCAACUGGCGCCGCUGAUGUCAGCCCUGAUUGGCCUACCGCCGCCCAUAAACAACCGAGCCCCACUGCCCCUGGGCUACCUCAAUGUGAGCGUGGAGUACGAGCGGCAGUCGUUGCUGCUGAAUGUCCUGCAACUGCUGUCACAGGCCAGGAGCGUGUUGCUGCGUCACGAGCGCAGCCUCUUCCACAAAUGGCUACCCAAAUAUGGGAAACUGGAUGCGGCACGGACCGCGAGCCUGCCCACUGAAGUUGAGCAGCUAAUGGCGAGAGGCUACGUCAAAACGGCCGUGCAACUGCUCCUGCAAACGUGCUGGCGUGCGCGGCAGUGCCUGGACUACUACCAGGACUACUAUCGAACCCCAUUGCUGGUGGCCAUGGGUGCCUCGUUUCUGGGCUGGCUUUUCUGUCUGGCGGUGUGGCUGACGCGCUCAUUCUCGGACCCGGACCCGGACUCGAACCCGCAACCGAAGAUGGGACUCCAAACAUGGAUGACGGCUCUGAUGGUCCUGCUGGGAAUCGCGCUCGGAUGUGUGUUGCUUCUGCAACGGGUGCCCUGCAUGACGGCCUUUUAUCUGCUGCUGCCCAUCGGCAUCUGGACGAUGGCCCUGGCCGAACGCCCGCUGCAUGGCCGCUCCAUUCCCUACCCGCUGACACACUUGGCCUGGACAGUGAUUCCCGCCGGAUUGGUUGUAACGACAUCAUUUAUGAACCGCCAUGUGGGCCUGCUCUACGCUGCUGUUGUGGUUGCCUACAAUCGGCGCGGCUUCCGUCGACCCACACUCAAGUUCUUCCUCUGGCUGGCGGCCGUUCUGCUCCCCAGUGGCUUUCUCAUUGUCCAGCAGAACUACAGAUUUAAAUUGAUACCCAGCGAAUAUAUUCUGGGGUUCAGCAUGUGUCUGGCCGUGUUCCUGCCAUGGCUACUGGGACACAAGCAUCCGAUGCACGUUUGGCUGAUCAACUCGGGCAUUCUGCUGAUUGGAAUCUACGGCAUUUAUCUCCGCGAGAAUACUCUGCAGGUUGCACUGUACUUAGAGGUGGCCUUCUGGGCCUUCCUCGCCUACGCAUUCCUGUCGGUGCCAUACAGCGGUGCGGACACCCCACUCAGCCGGCUACAUUUGAUUUCGUUCAACCUGAUUGUGGUUCAUGCGCUGCUUUCCCUUUCGGCGGGAUCGCUCUUCAAUCAAAUGCUGAUCACCGAGUUCCUGCUGGGCCAACACAUUCAUUCGGAGAUCAAUAAAGCCAAGAAGAAGGCAAUAGAAGAGGAGCCGGAGCCCGAACCUGAGGCGAGUAACGGGAAUGAAAACGAGACUCUACAGAAAGAUGUAGAAACUCUCCCAACGGCACUGGACAGCUUAAAGCUAUGCUACCGCUAUGCCACCUUCAUUCUGCUCUACUUCUACGUAUCCUUUUUCGGAUCCGGACACUGGCUCUUCAGUUUCGCCUUCCAGCCGACCACUUCCCGCCUGCUAGUAUCCAACUCUCCUCCAAUCACAAUGACCGCCCUCAUCAUACUCAAGAUAUUGAUUCCAUCCAUAAUCAUCAUGUCGGGCGUGUACACAUUUUCGGCGUACGCCCGAAAGAACAGCCGUGCCAUCUUCAUCUGCAUGUUCCUGAUUAGCGAUGUCAUGUGUUUGUAUUUCUGUUUCUAUGUGCGCAACGAUGGCUCCUGGCGGGACAUGCGCCGCUCAAUGGAUCAUGUCCUCCUGACCAACACUCUUGUGAUCCUGCUGCUGGGCUGCUCCUGUUUUAUCAAGUCCUUUCUUAAUUGCCAUCAAGGCCCCUAGAACCAAGCCACCCAUCGUAAUGCAGGUGAUUAUGCAGGGAAACCCUGUUGCCCCCACUUAUCCACAGUUUGAUGCCGAAGGGAUCCAGUGUUAAGUGUUUGCUUUUAAAUGCAACGAAAAUAUUGUUAAAUCAAAUUAAAUGUUUAUUUUGUUA